AUGAUGGAUAUCACUUCAAACGAGCCUCUUAGAAGGAAAGGGACUUCUUUUGACGGCGAGUCAACGUUUUCUUCAGCUUGUGCUGAAAAUGUUCAGUCCCCUGGUUUGAGUUGUGAUUUAAGCGCUGGUGAGAAGAGAAAGAGGAGUGAAUAUGGUGAAACUUACAAUACUAGAAAUGGUGGUGUCGUACAUGAUAAUGGCGCUGCAGAAAGGAGAGACGAGUCGGUACAACCAAAGAUUUCUGAAUCUUCUGGUGUGAAGUUAGACGGCUUUAAUAUGCCAAACACAAAAAGGUUCAACGACUUUGACAAGCUGAGGGAAGAAGUAAACUUUUCUGUUGGCCAGACGUGGGCUUUGUACGAUACAACAGAUGGGAUGCCUAGACUGUAUGCUCAGAUCAGAAAAGUUUCAGCUCCUUUGUUCGGACUUAGGAUCACAUACUUAGAGCCAGAUCCAGAUGAUGAGAAAGAGGUCCUAUGGUUUGAAGAAGACUUGCCCGUUUCCGUCGGUAAGUUCAGGCUUGGGAAAAAUCAGAACACAACAGAUCGUUCAGUAUUCUCUCAUUGUAUCCAAUGCAAUGAAGGAAGCAGCACUGGUCAUUUCACUGUCUCCCCAAGAAAAGGCGAGACUUGGGCUCUGUUCAAGAACUGGGACAUUAACUAG